CAGGCGAGCCCUUUGGAGCGCGCGCGGCAAAGAAAAAAAGGGACCGUUUUCCUCCGGUUGAAAUUUAAAAACAAGUAUUCGUGGAGAUCAGGUGUGAACAGAAACGAUGUCUGUCGCGGGACUGAAAAAGCAGUUUCACAAAGCAACACAGAAAGUCAGUGAGAAAGUGGGAGGAGCCGAGGGCACCAAACUCGACGAUGACUUCAAAGAGAUGGAGAAGAGAGUGGACACGACCAGCAGAGCGGUACUGGACAUUAUGACUAGAACUACGGAGUACCUGCAACCCAACCCAGCCACUAGGGCUAAGUUGAGCAUGAUGAGCACCAUGUCUAAGAUCCGGGGGCAGGAGAAGGGCCCAGGUUACCCCCAGGCAGAGACUGUGCUGGGGGAUGCCAUGGUCAGGUUUGGCCGUGAGCUUGGAGAGGAGUCCAGUUUUGGUCUGGCUCUGCUGGACGUAGGAGAGGCCAUUCGUGAGCUCGGUGAGGUGAAGGAUGCGCUGGACAUGGAGGUCAAGCAGAAUUUUAUUGAUCCACUCCAGAACCUCCACGACAAAGACCUGAAAGAGAUACAGCAUCACCUGAGGAAGAUGGAGGGCCGGCGGCUGGACUUUGACUACAAGAAGAAGCGUCAGGGGAAGGUGCAGGACGACGAGAUCCGCCAGGCGCUGGAGAAGUUCGACGAGUCCAAGGAGGUGGCAGAGCAGAGCAUGUUCAACCUGCUGGAGAAUGAUAUUGAGCAGGUGAGCCAGCUGGCUGCAUUGGUUCAUGCUCAGGUGGACUACCACAGGCGGUCCACUGAGAUCCUCCAGCAGCUCUCAGGCAAGAUAGAGGAGAGGAUAAAAGAAACCUCCGAUCAGCCCAGGAAGGAGUUCACUCCUAAGCCGCGUACAGUGAUGGAGCUCACCCUGCCUAGCGAGAGCCACAACGGGGGCAUCCACAACGCCAAGUCUCCAGCCCGCUCACCUGCCCGCUCUCCUGCCGCUCUGGAGCAGCCCUCCUGUCGAGCCCUGUAUGACUUUGAGCCGGAGAACGAGGGCGAGCUGGGCUUCAAGGAGGGCGACAUCAUCACGUUGACCAACAAGAUCGACGACAACUGGUACGAGGGCACGGUCAGCGGCCACUCCGGCUUCUUCCCCGUCAACUACGUGGACGUCGUGGUGCCUCUCCCGCACUAG